UUCUCGGUCAAUCAUGUCCAACCUGCUGCAUGCAUGCCGCGGGAGGUAGUGAGUAGAAAGUAAGCUGUCAACUGCAUGUCUGACGCGGUUAACUUUUCAGGACUUCCGGCCACACAAAGACCUUGAACACGCCAGCAGCGAAGAGUCUGUUGUUCCUGGAGGCAUUUAAUUUCCAGUCCGUGGCUCAAAAGUUCCGCUAGAUACACAGCUAGACAUAAGCUAACGUUGCUAGCUGGCUAACGUUAGUUGAGAAAUUUCCAAGAUGGCGCCCUUCAGCUGAAUGCAGGACGUUUCAAAAGAGGUCGCAGCCUCAGCCCGUCGGUGACGGAGAGCUAAGCCGAGUCCUCGCCUCUGUCCCACCGCCGCCAACAUGGCCAAGGAGCAGACCAGUGUGAUCGACCUGCUUCCUCUUCUGGAGUCCACGGACCUCCAGCAGCUGCAGCAGACCAGACAGCUGGUGGAGGACCACCUCAGGGCAGAAAAGGGCUCAGUGCUGCUGAACGGUCUGGUGGAUUAUUACCUGGAGUCUAGCUCCCCUCAGGCUCUGCUGAUCCUCACUGCGGUGGGCGAGCCACAGCACAAGCCGCUCCUGGAGAAGCUGAACGAGUGCCUGGGCCGUCAGACGUGCCGUCUGGCCUCCCUCACCCUGCUGGCCCACGUCAUCCGCCGCCAGCCGCCCUGGAUCCACACCAUCCCCCGCUUCCCCCUCUUCCCCGCGCUGCUCAAGUGCCUCAAGACGGACUCGGACACGGUGGUGCUGAUAACGGGAGUUCUGGUGGUGACCACGCUGCUUCCCAUGAUCCCUCAGCCCAGCCGCCACCUGCUGGACGAGCUGUUCGACGUGUUCGGACGCCUGGCGCGCUGGACGCACAGGAGCUCAGGGAGCAGUCCUACUGUGUUGUCCAUCCACCUGCACGCCGGCAUCUACUCGCUCUUCCACCGGCUGUACGGCAUGUACCCCUGCAACUUCGUGUCCUACCUGCGCGUCCACUACAGCAUGAAGGAGAACCUGGACACCUUCGAGGAGGUCGUCAAGCCCAUGUUGGAGCACGUGCGGAUUCAUCCAGAGUUGGUCACCGGAACCAAAGAUACGGAGCUGGACCCCACCAGGUGGCGCAGCUUUGAGACCCAUGACAUCGUGGUGGAAUGUGCCAAAGUGUCGCUGGACCCCAAGGAGGCGUCGUGGGAGGAGGGCUUCUCCAACAUGCCCGACAUCUUGCCUGUCCACCUCAGCUCCCGCAGCCUGCAAGGCCCCCCCCUGGACCUCAGUGCCUAUGGUAGCCCAUGUGUACCUGUGCGGCCUCCAGGUGUGACCCCCGCCAGGCUAGGCCCCGCCCCCUCCUACACCAGCACCCCCCUCACUGCCAUCCAGCAGAGUUCUGCUGUUGCCAUGGGAACUCAGGACUCGGGCUGGAGCCCCGCCUUGCACUGUGGGAUGACCACUCCCCCUAGGGGAGCGUCCCCCACCAAUCACGUGUCCCAGAGCACCUCCAACCUCUCAGGAAGAGUGGCAAGCACAACAGUGGACGGAAAGCUGCCCCCGCUCCCUGCCCCCGGGACUGGCCCUCUCUCCCCUCAGCCCCAUGAAGCCCAGCUCACACACCAGCCUGCCAACUCCGCUCCAUGUCCUCAGGAUGGUGCAGUGAUUGACAGCUGUCAAUCAUCUGUCUUGCCGGAGAGUAUGCCAGAACCCAGUGCCUUAGAGAAUGUUACGUGCUCCGGUGGCGCUGGUGAGCAUGAGGGAAUCCUCACUGUGCCAGAGGUGUGUGCCUUUGUUAGCCAUCAGGUGGAGGAGGCUCUGAGAGAGGAAGACGAGGAGUUGCCGACAGUAACGGACAGUGACGUCGGCAGCACUCGGACCCUGCACAGACGGGACACCAUGUUCUCCCACAAGCGGCCGUCCAGCACUCGGGUCAAACCCGGCGCCGCUGAGCCCGUCUGCGUCGGCGCCGACUCCCCGGUCUCGCUGUCCACUCCGGACCGGCCCGACUCUGCUGCUGGGUACCAGCCACAGCGCCCCCUGUCGGCCACCUGGCCGUACUGCACCCCCUCGGAGAGCUCCUGGUGGUCCGACGGCGGCGGCUCUGCCCAGCGGGCGCCCGUGCCCUACGAGCCGCUGUUCGACCUGGCGCUGCCCAAAGCGGCCGGCCUGUUCGUGGAGCGGCGCACGGGGGAGGCCCGGAGGAGAGGGGGCGGGGCAGAGGACAUCGCCGGGGACGACGAGGCGAUGAUGAUGAUGACGAUGAUGACGGGGUCGGCGGUGGCGUCCUCUCCGCUGGAGAUGCUGGACCUGCUCAUACAGCAGGGCAGCGCCAGCCACGACCGCAAGCUCAGGAGGUUGUCAGUGCCAAGCAGGCCAGCUGAAGGUCCAUCCCCUGGGAAACAGCAUCAGCAGCAGCAGCAGCAGCAGCAGCAGCAGAGUGUUAAAGGCAAAGAGGUGGAGGAGUUGCAGCACCUGCGUAGUCAGGUGCAGUUGCUGCACACGCAGCUGCAGUUUGAGCGUCACAAGCGGGAGCAGCACGCCAUCCGCAACCGCCGCCUGCUGAGGCGCGUCAUCAACGCCACCGCGCUGCACGAGCAGAACGUCUCCAUGAAGGAGCAGCUGCAGCUGCAGGAUGUGGAGCUGCAGGGGCUGCAGGGGAGCCUCCACCAGGAGCAGCAGCGCACCCACCUCCUCCAGCAGGAGGCGCACUCCUCCCUCACCCAGCUGCAGCAGCAGCUCUCACAGCUGCAGAGCCAGUGCAGCCGCUACGCCAACACCACCCAGGAGCUGCAGGGUGAGCUGGAGGAGCGGGAGGAACACACAGCACACCUGGAGGCCGAGUUACAGACCGCCAGAAAGAACCUGACCAACAUGGAGCUGUUACUGAGCCAACUGAGCCUUAAGCUGGACUGCUCUGAGCGGCUGGAGGAGCAGGUGUCGUUCCUGAGUCAGCAGCUCCUGCUCCUGGGGGAGAACCACCAGCUCUGCCUGGACAAGCUGGACCGACUGGGGCCCAACGCAUCCAAGGAGAUGCGUAUGCUGCAGUCCUCGUGGAGGAAGGAGUGUGAGCGGGCGCGCGUGACCUCUGUGCAGCAGGGUCAAAGGUUAGACGGAGCGCUGCAGCGGGUCACCGACCUGGAAGCUGCUCUCAGCAGGAAGGAACAGCUCGUCCUGCAGCAGAAGAAACUUCUGGAAGACGUCAAACUACAGUCCAGAGAGCAGCUGCAGGGCUCAGAGGACCGCUAUCAGGCCCAGAAGCAGGUGACCCGGGCCCUGGAGGCGGAGCUGCUGAAGAUCUACAGCCAACUGGAACUGGAGAGGCCAACCAAUCACAACCGAGACCACGCCCCCAACCACCUCACAGGCCCCGCCCAGACGGAUGCACACAGCCCCGCCAAGACAAGGGCGAACGGCUGCGGUGCGGGCGCGGUGGACGCUCCUGGGCGCGGCGAGCGUGUGAAGGGCGUGCAGGACGCGGCCGUGUCCCCGCUGCUCUCCGCCUCCCCGCCCUCCUGCAGCCUGCUGGGCCGCCGCGCACGCCAGCUCUCCCGCAACAUGAGCGACGGCCUCUACGACGACGAGGACGAGGCCCUGGACAGCAGCCAAUCCAACGCCAGCUCGGGGUGCCACUGUGGCGAGGCCUCGCCCACUUCCUCCGGAGCGCAGGCCGAGGCUCAGUCAUGUGACCGCUGUGAGUCAUGUGACCAGCAGCCGGCCAAUGAGGGCUCCAGGAGACUUCAGGAUCUACACAUCAUGGACUACAAUGAGCUGCCCGACCUGAGCUAAGAGCCCUGUGUGUGUGUGUGUGUGUGUGUGUGUGUGUGUGUGAGUGGGAGUGUGAGUGGGACCUGAGCUAAGAGCCCUGUGUGUGUGUGUGUGUGUGUGUGUGGGAGAGGGAGUGAGCGCGCAAGAUGCCAAAGUGUGUGUGUGUGUGUGUGUGUGAUCUGCUAUUUUCCUCUGCCUCAGGAAUCAGAAGGGAGAGACUCAGAGCCCUUACCAGCCCUUUAUCAGGCUGCGUUCAACAGCCGCUACUGUAAGAUCACCACCCUGUCACAUGACCCCACCGUAAGGUCACAUGACCCCACCGUAGAGGCCCACAGUCACAUGACCCCACCGUAGAGUCACAUGACCCCACUAUAGACGCCCACAGUCACAUGACCCCACUGUAGAGGCCCAGUCACAUGACCCCACUGUAGAGGCCCAGUCACAUGACCCCACUGUAGAGGCCCACAGUCACAUGACCCCAAUGUAGACGCCCACAGUCACAUGACCCCACCGUAGAGUCACAUGACCCCACUAUAGACGCCCACAGUCACAUGACCCCACCGUAGAGUCACAUGACCCCACUGUAGAGGCCCAGUGAUGGACGAUCUGUCUGCUCAUUUAGUAGUUAGCCGUUUAGCAGCUUGCUGUGAGGAAACAGUUAAUUUGGGGAUUUCUAGUCAGCAGGUUUUACUAAGUAGUUGUUUUGCUGUAUUUUUAUCCACUCAGUAAUGAUUGUAAGACCAAAAAAAAAAAGAAAAAAAGAACAAUAACAGCACAAAAAAAUGGAUAAACCAAAAGAGUUGAAGAAAGAGAAAUACUGUAUAGGAGUAAGAGGGACGUGUCGCUUGUGAUGAAGUGCAAUACUCAUGUGUGGAAGCACUCGUGUGUUGUCUGGAGCCGCCGCUCCUGCUUUAAGUGCUCAGUGUCUUUCCCUCUUUCUCUCAAAGCUUCACCCAAACACUGGCUCUCUUGUGUCACUGUGUACAAUGACAGCUGUGCGGUCAGUGAGCCCAGCGUCAGUGAGCCGAGCGGUCAGUCGUUCACACCAAGUGUUCACGUGCUGCUCCUCAGCACAGCCAAACAUGAAUUAUUUCCCACUGUACAUGUACUCUGAUCAGUGAUGAUGGAUUAUUUCCCACUGUACAUGUACUUUGAUCAGUGAUGAUGGAUUAUCUCCCACUGUACAUGUACUCUGAUCAGUGAUGAUGGAUUAUCUCCCACUGUACAUGUACUCUGAUCAGUGAUGAUGGAUUAUUUCCCACUGUACAUGUACUCUGAUCAGUGAUGAUGGAUUAUCUCCCACUGUACAUGUACUCUGGUCAGUGAUGAUGGAUUAUUUCCCACUGUACAUGUACUCUGAUCAGUGAUGAUGGACACUAAACCAAACAAUAAAAGCUAUUCCAUAAA